AUCAGUUCUUAUAUAGAUAUAGGCGCGUAUUGUAUGCUAAUUAAGCGGCAAGCAUAUGUAUGUAAUACGUUUCGUCUCCGUUGUAUUACAGAAAUGGUUUAGAAAGAGAUGACGAGUCGCUGACCAAAUCGAAGUCCCCGAUACAACCGAUUUUUGCACUCACACGUAUGUACAUACAUACGUGCGCUCUCUCGGCUCUUCUUUGUAUUGACCCACCCAUACUUAGAGACCUUCGGGUAUUCAUCUCAGACUGCUCUCAACUUUCGCAGCCCCGUCGAUUGCCGAUCGGAGUAAGCUGAGACAAAGGCCGAGCAGAGUCGAGGACGGAAUUCGGAGUGUUUGAAGUCUCCACAAAUCGACGGAUCGAUUAUGGAGCGACGCGCAUCGCGCCUCCAUGCGAUGCGAAGCCGUCGUGAGCGCGCAGCACUCUGAACAGUCCUGAAAAGAAAAAGUUAAACGCGCCGUUCAGCAGCACGAGACUGCAAGAGACUCGGAAGAGAUUGAGAGUAGUGCACCGCGUCCACUGGGCGUCACUGUCAUAGUAGCAGCAUCGGGUCGGGGGUGGCACGACGCAUGAACGCGCCCCGCAUCGAGAAGUUGAGAACCGCUCCGGUAUUUGUAUAUUUAAUUCCUUAUCUCUCUCCCGGUACGCGCACGGAAUUCGCGCGACGUAGGGAAUGGAAUGUCUCUCGCGGCGUCACACGUCGGUAUCUUGUUUCGCAUGGCUGCACCCGGCUACGAGAUCCGAUCCCGCGGGACUCUCGUCAUGAGAUAUAUUAAAUUGCCUCGUAGAUUGCUCACCGUACCAUGCGAAAGCGUUCGUCAACGUAUUACGCGAUGUUAAUGCAACAUAUUGCAAACAAUGCUGUCUGUAUUUUGUUUAUGUUAUUGUUACUAAAUGACGAAACUUCUGUUUUUGUCUUUUAUACAUAUAACUUGUCGCAGGUGAACGUUUCAUCCUCGACGGAACAAUGACUUCGGAUUACUUUACUUUACCAGUUAAUAUGGACAGAGUAUGUAGGAUCUGUCUUCAAGAGGGUACCAAUUUGUCAUCAAUCUUCUCCUCUACACAAGAAGUAAACAAUCUCACGGGUCUUUCUCAAAAAAUACAAAUUUGUGGCUCCAUUGAGAUAGACGAGCAGGAUGGAUUACCUUCCUUGAUAUGUAACGACUGUAUUUACAAGGCCAGCGUCGCCCAUGAGUUUAGACAACAGUGUCAAUAUUCUGACGCAAGAUUACGCAUGUACUACAAUAAGCCUGUCAAAUCUAUUAAGUCCACCAUGGAUUUGCAGGAUUCUUAUACACAGACAGAUCUACAAACGAGAUUUGUACAGUCAAAAAAGUCAGACCAUUUUCAAGAGGAUUAUUUUAAGGAAGACAUGCAAGUAGUUACGAGUGCGCAAGAGUACAUUCAAACCACCGAUUCAUUUCCCAGAGUCAAUCUGAAUACCAAUCAAAUUCAAAUACCAGAUGAAAAGCUUUUCAUCUGUUCCAUCGGAUUUGAAGGAAGUAAAGAAGAGGUGAAAGAUUCUUGCAUAUCAGAGAGUGAGGUUCAUCAAAUGACAAUAGUACAGGAAGAUGCACAGGAUACUAACAUUAUUAAUUUACAAAACAAGGAUGACGAAAUUAAGGAAGCUGAUCAGUAUGUGGAAAAGAAUAAUAUAGUUCAGGAGGAGCAAUUCGUGACUGAAAGUUUAUCCAAUGAUAAUAUAGAAGAAGAGGAAAACGUCCCGCAAAAACGAACAUCUGCGAGAAAAACAAAAUCUGCUAAAACAUACAGCGACGACGAGGUUGUUGACAAUUAUUACGAGCCGAGUAGUGAUAGUCAAGAUUCAGUGGAGUCUAAGUUUAAGUGUAAGGUCUGUUCUAAACAAUACGCAACACAGAAAGGUCUGAAGAAGCAUGCUUUGGUCCACGAAAAGAAGUAUAAAUGUGAUAUCUGUUUAAAAAUGUUUUACAAGCAGGAAAACAUGGAGAAUCAUCAGAAGAUUCAUGCAUCGAAACCGCAUGCAUGUCAGCUUUGUCAUGCGUCCUUCUCAAAGUCGCAGAGUCUCGUGAGGCACUUGAAGUCGCAUACAGAGAAAGUAAACGAUAUGAUUAAGCAGAUCAACACAAGCGAGCGAAAGGAUAAUAAGGAACCGAAGAAAGAAUUCAAGAGUGAAGAUGAUACCGACAACGAGACUGGGCCUGCGAAUGAAGCGGACGAAUUCGAAAACGCGCCAGAGUUGUACAAGUGCGAGAUUUGCAACCAGUAUUGCUCAUCCUUGAAGAAUUUAAGAAGACAUGCCUUGGUGCAUGGCGACAAAAAGUACUCUUGUACCGUAUGUAAGAAAUGGUUCUUCAGGCCAGAUACGUUAAAGAAACACGCGGAGAAGCACGGGCAUGGGCUGUUGGAUAAUUUGAUAGAUGAUAAUAAGCUGUAUGAUUCGGAUGACGACGAUAUGCCAAGCAACAACACGAUGGAUCCUCCGCCGGAGGGCGAAAACGUCAAGAAAGAGGAGAGCGAUGAGGAAGGAACCGGAGAAUACAAAUGCCAACAUUGCGACAAAGUCAUGGCCACCAAGAAAGGUCUACGACGGCACGUAUCAAUGCACAAACCUAAGGCCGAGCCGGUUACUUGCGAGAUUUGUAGGAAAGUCUGUGCAAGUCAGGCUCGUCUCGUUCUCCAUCAAAAAACGCAUAAGCCGAAAGAGAAGAUACCGCGCGAAUACUUGUGUCACAUCUGCAGUAAGGUGUAUCCAAGCAAUUCGUCCCUCACUUACCACAUGCGAACUCACACCGGCAUUAAGCCACAUGUGUGCAAGACAUGUAACAGCGGCUUCACGACCACGACGAGCCUGGCGAAUCAUAUUCGUAUUCACACGGGCGAUAAGCCGUUUGUGUGUCACGUAUGUAGCGCCGCAUUCGCUGUGAGCUCGGCUUUUCGCAGGCAUUUAACUCGGCAUACUGGUGAGGCAAAUUACCUAUGUAAAACCUGUGGUAAGGCUUUCAAGAGGCUUAGCACGUUAAAGGAGCACACGUACACUCAUUCUGGUGAGAAACCGUACGUAUGCAAGACGUGCGGCGCCGCGUACAGCCACAGCGGCAGCCUCUUUGCACACCAGAAGCGUUGUCGCGCCCAAUAUGGCGAGAUGAUUGUUGAUGAUCACAAUCAUCAUCACAUACCGCAUACAAUCACUCAUAUCCACGUAAAUAUGAAUAACGUUAAUAACGGGCAAGCAGUGCGACCGGUCGCUAUGAUAGGUCAAAUGUUCUAAGAAUGAAGUGGUAUCAUAGAUUACAAACGUUAUCUGCGAUGAGUGUUGUGUAUAAGUUGUGUAUGCAGCUGUAAAUCGUAUAUACAAAAUAUGUGUAACAUAAGCUGCAUCUAUAAAUGUACA